CGCAACCCUAUUUAAUUUCAUGCAUAAACAUGGCAUGUUUCCACUCUCUAUUUUCAACAAUAAAUACAAAAAAUCCGUACUAGAAGUGAAACAAGAACAUGCCUGUUGAUCAGAGACGAAUCAAUGGGCCUGAGGUAACAGUACCUUAUCAACUCUAUAUUGAUAAAUCAUCGAACACCGCCGAGCAACAAUUAGAUCUAUUAAAUAAACGAGAAGAUGGACGAGCCCAUGAUGAUAUCCGGAAAAUGUUCAUGAAAACUGGUCUUAUCAGUCAGGCGAAAGGUUCAGCCUACAUUGAAAUUGGAACAACAAAAGUUGUGUGCUCAGUAUUUGAUCCACGAGAAAUUCCGAACAAAAUGGGUUACAGUGUUCAAGGUAAUCUUUACUGUGAAUUCAAGUUCGCUUCGUUCUCGUGCAAAAAGAGGAAAAUUCAUCAGCAAGACUCACAGGAGAAAGAAUACAGUUUGAUUAUGCAGAGAGCACUGGAGCCAGCUGUUUGCAGGCACGAAUUUCCGAACUUUCAAGUGGAUAUUUAUGCCCUGGUUUUGGACAAUGGUGGUUCCUGCUUAGCUGCUGCAAUAACUGCGGCUAGUCUAGCCUUAGCGAACGCUAGCAUUCCAAUGUUUGGCCUUGUAACGGCCGUUUCUGCUGGAAUUUAUUCAGACACAGUGUUCCUCGAUACAACUACAGAAGAAGAGGCACUCUGCAGCACAGCCCCAACCAAAAAUCAUAAAUCAAAGAAUCAUGGGAUAAUUAUGCAAGCCUAUCUACCUCAACACGAUCAAGUCGCUGAAUUGUAUUUCGUUGGAGACAUUGAUAUAUCCGCCAUAGCUCCAGUGUUAGAAACCCUGACUGAAGCCUCUAAAAACAUUUCCCUCAUCGCACAGCAGAGAUUAGUGAAAUCUGUUAUGAAAACACUCAAGGAGAGAGAGAAAGAGAAAGAGCAUAGAAUAAAAACAGAAAUAAACUAGUUUUGCACGUACGAAAAAAACUAUUCAAUUGUUUAUUGAUACCUCCCUUAUCGCCCUUGAAUUGAUUAUUGGUUGAGUAAAUUAAUGAUUAU